GUUUGCGAUGCUUGUUACUUGUAUCAAAAAGCGCGGCAUGAGCCUUUGCACGUCCCUCUUGUGAAUUUGCUUGCAAACCUCGCCCCUCUCGUACAUUUACUAUGAGCAGCUCUGACACCGAUGAUGACAUACCUGACGGCAAGGUCUGCCAGCAGUUAUGCGAAGAAUUUGCGGCUAUAACACAGACUGACACGGCCUGCGCGCAGUUUUAUCUCCAAGACAGGUCCUGGAACCUUGAGUUUCUGAUUACACAUUUUGAUUUGCAUCGUUACGAUCUCACACGUCUUGUUUUUUUUUUCUUCAGCGGCAGCCGUCCAAGUCUCGCAGCUGCCGCAACUGCCAUAUUUGCUGAGGCAGCCACGAGCAACAGGAGUGGGACAAGGGUUUCAAGUGCCACUGCAGAUCAGCCCAGCACUUUGAAGCUUAUCUCGUGGAACACCGAUGGUAUCGAUGAUAAGAACCUGGUGCUCCGGGCAAAGGCAGUCUGUUCCACGAUUGAAAGUGCUGGCAUAGAUGUUGCAUUUCUUCAAGAAGUGGUACCUGCCUCAGCCGACAUCUUCAAGACUCUCCUUCCUGGAUACAAGUGUAUCGUGGGGAACACCAUCGAGUAUUUCACAGUCACUCUACUCAGGAAGGCGACGAUUGACUAUGAAAGCCAUGUCAUCUACCCGUUUUCUAACACUGCCAUGGGCCGAAAUGUGACUUACAUUAAGGCAUCGUUUGGGGGCUUUCCUAUCACACUGAUGAACACCCACUUGGAGAGCACUGCCGACUUUGCUGAGCAGCGAACAGUGCAGUUCUACAAAUGCCUGAAAAAGUGCAUCAAGGAACCUGACGAGAGGACGGUCAUCUUUGGUGGCGACCUCAACCUGCGAGACAGUGAGGUUGAAGACAUAGGCGGCCUGCCACAAGGUGUGAAGGACGUCUGGGAAUCCUGCGGGCAGCGCAAGGAGGUGCGUUACACGUGGGACAUGACACGCAACGACAAUGUUACCUGGAACGGCCGUUUCAAGCCUCGGUGUCGCUUCGACCGUGUGUACAUAAGAGCUGCUAAACCUCCUACCAUGAAACCAGCAUUCUUCGGUAUGGUUGGGCUUGAAAGGCUGAAGCCCCACAGAUGCUUUCCUAGUGACCAUUGGGGUCUACUGUGCCACUUCAAGCUUCUCUAGUCGGGCUGGCAUCACAUUGCACUUCACCGUGUUUAGUUCGUACGAAAAGAAGGACCCCAACAGUGAUGCAUCGAGUGCUUUUUAAAAAUUUUAUUCCUCUUUUCGCUGUUGUCAACUCAGGGCCACAAGAUGCAUGCCAGUGAGCAUGCGAAUUCGUCAUUUUGCUAUGCAAGGCGUGCUUUAUCUGCUGUAUAUAAAAAAUUCCGUUUCUAAAAUAAAAUGUGCCCGCCAUUGAAUUAUGUAGCACUGUGUACAGGUUGCUUCUGUAGCUUGCGAAAGCAAAUGUGAA